UUGGACUCCAGUCCACCGGAGUGGCUGAUUUUAUGACUUGGGACAUGAAAGACUCAAUUUGACAUUCAUGAGACUCGACUUAAACUACACGACUUGACAAGUCGUACUGUCAAUAUAGUGUGCCUUUUUGUUUUUGAAAGAAAAUGUAUUAUUUUGUUGUGUCCUGCGUGCCACCAAUCUGCCAACCCGGGACACAGCUCAGGCCAGUGGCUGCCUCGUUGAGCAAGGAUCACGGAGGAAACGCCAAGAAUGAUUACAUUUGGAUUCACUGAAUAUCCUUUUUGAUGAAAUCGGGAAAAAGACAAGAGCGACGCGACCAAGGUUUACAGCUCAAACAUAAAAGACACAACUUGGACGAGGUGUACCUUCAUCUGUCUGACGCAGAUUGGUGCCAUUGCUCUGCUGACAAUGGAAGAGGCUUGCUCACAGGAUGCGGUGUAUGUGAUCACGACGAGAUGAGAAGCAACACAGACAAAAUGUUUUCUGCUAAGUACAAGCCUGCGACAGACCAGACAACACAAUCUUCAUCCGCCUCCUCCGCUCGCUCCCUCUCCCCAGCAAGCAAGUUCGAUGCGAUCGGCUCUGGGCCCUGCCGUGAGUUGUCGGUGCGGGCGACAGCGCUGCUGAACAUGGCGUCGGACGGGAUGAUUUUAACGAACCACGACCACCAAAUCCGGGUCGGAGUCCUGACAGUGAGUGACAGCUGUUACCGAAACCUGGCAGAGGACCGCAGCGGCGUCAACCUCAAAGAUCUCGUCCAUGAUCCAUCCCUGUUGGGUGGUAUGAUUGUGGCCUACAAAAUAUUGCCAGAUGAAAUAGAUGAAAUCAAGGAGACUCUGAUGGACUGGUGCGACGAAAAGGAGCUUAACCUCAUUUUAACCACCGGAGGUACCGGCUUUGCUCCAAGAGACGUCACACCGGAGGCCACAAAGGAGGUGAUUGAGCGUGAGGCUCCAGGCAUGUCGCUGGCGAUGUUGAUGGGAUCUCUCAACGUCACACCACUAGGCAUGCUCUCCAGACCUGUGUGCGGAAUCCGAGGGAAGACCCUCAUCAUUAAUUUACCAGGAAGCAAGAAAGGCUCCCAGGAAUGCUUCCAGUUCAUCCUGCCGGCGCUGCCGCACGCCAUCGACCUCCUGCGCGACGCCGUGGUGAAGGUUAAGGAGGCGGCGGAUGAGCUGGAGGACCUGCCGUCGCCGCCACAGCCUCUCUCGCCGCUGCCCAACAGUUCGCCACGGCGUCAGACGGAGGACAAGGGCGUGCAGUGCGAGGAUGAGGACGAAGAGAAGAAGGACAGCGGCGUGGCAUCCACGGAGGACAGCUCCUCCUCCCACAUCACCGCAGCAUCCAUUGCUGCCAAGAUCCCAGACUCCAUUAUUUCGCGGGGUGUGCAGGUGUUGCCCAGGGACACGGCUUCUCUCAGCACCACUCCCUCGGAGUCGCCCCGGGCACAGGCCACCUCGCGGCUCUCUACCGCGUCCUGUCCCACUCCAAAAGCGCGGCUCCCCUCCUGUUCAUCUACCCUAAGCAUUGCUGAGGCCUCACGGAGAGAAUUCAGGGCUCACCUGGAUGAGGUCAUCACGCUCAAGUCAAGGUACUCUACCUUGGACCAGCUCCAGUGUAGGUUGGAGGGGCUUAAAGAUGAUCGCAGGAGGACCUUCAGCUCUCGAGUGCAGUCACGAUGCAGCAGCAAAGAGAAUAUCCUCAGAUCAAGUCACAGUGCUGUGGACAUUACCAAGGUGGCCCGGCGACACCGCAUGUCCCCUUUCCCCCUCACCUCCAUGGACAAGGCCUUCAUCACUGUGCUGGAGAUGACCGCCGUCCUGGGCACUGAGAUCAUCAACUACAGAGACGGGAUGGGUCGAGUCCUAGCUCAGGACGUUUAUGCCAAAGACAACCUGCCACCCUUCCCUGCCUCUGUCAAGGAUGGCUAUGCUGUGAGAGCCGCCGACGGCCCGGGCGACCGCUUCAUCAUCGGAGAGUCCCAAGCAGGCGAGCAGCCCACCCACACCGUGAUGCCUGGGCAGGUGAUGAGGGUGACAACCGGCGCUCCUAUCCCCUGCGGGGCUGACGCCGUCGUUCAGGUGGAAGACACCGAGCUCCUCCGCGAGUCCGAGGAUCUCGCCACAGUUCUAUUGAUCCAUUAUAAGGGCACAGAGGAGCUGGAAGUACGAAUUCUAGUCCAGGCUCGGCCAGGCCAGGAUAUCAGGCCUAUCGGUCAUGACAUCAAGCGCGGCGAGUGUGUGCUGGCCAAGGGCACCCACAUGGGCCCCUCUGAGAUCGGCCUCCUGGCCACGGUGGGAGUCACGGAGGUGGAGGUCCAGAAAUUCCCCGUAGUGGCUGUCAUGUCGACGGGAAAUGAGCUGCUGAACCCAGAGGAUGACCUCCAUCCUGGGAAAAUCAGGGACAGCAAUCGCUCCACCCUGCUGGCCACCAUCCAGGAACAUGGCUACCCGACCAUCAAUCUGGGCAUUGUGGGAGACAACCCCGAUGACCUUCUCAAUGCUCUGAAUGAAGGCAUCAGCCGUGCUGAUGUCAUUAUCACCUCAGGCGGAGUAUCCAUGGGAGAGAAGGACUACCUUAAGCAAGUGCUGGAUAUAGAUCUUCAUGCUCAGAUCCAUUUUGGCCGGGUCUUCAUGAAACCAGGGCUCCCAACCACCUUUGCCACGCUGGAUAUCGACGGUGCUCGCAAACUCAUCUUUGCCCUCCCAGGUAGAAACCCCGUAUCCGCUGUCGUCACCUGUAAUCUUUUUGUCAUCCCCGCCUUGAGGAAGAUGCAGGGUAUUUUGGACCCAAGGCCAACUAUCAUCAAAGCGAGGUUAUCUUGUGAUGUGAAACUGGAUCCUCGCCCUGAAUACCACCGCUGCAUCCUGACUUGGCAUCACCAGGAGCCUCUGCCGUGGGCACAGAGCACAGGGAACCAGGUGAGCAGCAGACUGAUGAGCAUGCGCAGUGCCAACGGGCUCCUGAUGCUACCUCCCAAAACAGAGCAAUACGUGGAGCUGCACAAGGGCGAGGUGGUGGACGUCAUGGUCAUCGGCCGGCUAUGAUGUCAUGGCCGCGGGGGGGAGGGGGGGGGGGGGGGCGAAGGGUCGCCAUCAUUUCUAGCGAGGGUCGUAAUGGGCGGUUCACGGUGCAUGUCCACAUAUCAUUGACUAUUCUGUAAUAUGCAACGGCACAGCUAGUUUUUGUUGAUUUGGAGAACAUUGAGGUAUAGUCGACAUCUCGAUCACAGCCUAGAUAUACUGUAUAAGAAAACAUUGAUUUAAGAAGAUUAUAGUAUUUCAAAAAAAGAAAAUAUAACUUUUAAUGGAAAAAAAAUCUAAUUAUAAAAAGAGAUUUAUUCUGUAAUAUAUUAUUAUGAUUAUUCUUCUUAUUAUUAUGAUUAUUCUUCUUAUCAUUAUUAUAUUAAGGCAACUUUGUUCCUUUCAUUGCAAUUGCUUUGUGUGUUCAAUGCUAGACCUUAUCUAUAGCAGUAGCAUUUUAAUAGACAGCUGUAGGUGCCUGCCAGGACAGAAAAAAAAAAAAAAAAAAGAUUAUUUUCUCACCUUUAGUGUAAAAAAAAAAUACCCUUAGCCAUUUUUUUGUUUUUGUUUGUUUUUUGAAAAUGAAGUAAAAUACUGAGGAGGACUCCAGAUUUCCCAUGGUGCUGCAGUUAGGAGGAAAAGCGGGGCACAUCGAGGUCUUUUUCUCUUUUGAGCGCCCUUCAAGGUGACACUUUUUCUCUCGUUAGUAUGCAUUAUAUUGGCUUCACAAAGAGCUUUGCUUGUCGUUUAUCUUGUGAGUCUUGUUUAUGUGCGCGGUGCCAAAUGCCUGGGUGGGGGAGGCGGGGUGUAAGGCACUGAAGCUUCCUUAAGUUUGCGGUGACCAGGUGGAAUAUUUGCUCCUACCCCGCCCACCACCCCUACUACAAACCCCUACCCAGGGAUAAGCUUGGGGGGGAGGGGAAAUAUAUUUUAUUUGAGCAACUAUUUAAGGGAAAAUAAAAAAAAAAAAAAAAAGAAGCAAGAGAAGAAGCAGCUUCUUUAAUUGCUGAUGGCCUUUUUAACCGACUUCACAAAAUUGUACAGAUUAAAGAGAAAAAAAUAGAACCAUAUUGUACAGAUAUGUGACCAGCACUCCUAAGGAAGUUAAUAUUAUUAUUAAGCAAUGAGGAGACAUUGAACAACGCUGUACUAUAAAGGUUUUCUGUAAUGAUGCUGAAACUGAUGAAAGAGACUACGAUAAUAAAAAUCCUUGAUCAUUAUGUAAAAACAAUUAUAAUAAUAAACACACACAAGGUUAUUGUUGGGUUUCCUUUUUUAAUAAAUUAUAUCUAAACAACUACAAGAGAAAUAAAUUUAUUUCGCUGUAUAAGAAGAAGGGAACUUUUGAUUGAGCGACGGGUGUCUCAAAAUGUGAUUAUAUUUUAUUUAAUUAGCACCAAAUUGCAUCAGUCGUGAUAUCAAAGCAUAAUUCUUAUAGAGCAGACAAGGGCCAUGUUCUUCACAUUGUGCGACCCAUCAAAACCAGUUGUUGUGAGCAAGCAUUACUUUGUGAGGUAAACCACGAUGAGGAAAUUGUUAUAAGACCGACCAUCUUUCUCAGUUGCUUGGGACAAAAGAGACACAAUGGCGACGUGGGUGGAUGUCCCAAGAAAAGGUUUGCAUUGUCCAAUGUUAAUAUUACACUGGACGACACCCCCCCCCCCCCAAGACCAAGACUUUUAGCACCUCGCACCACAUAAUUUCUCAGGAAAUCUAUCAGAGACAUGCGAUGAUCAUUCCUAUGCUGACUUGGACCACAAGAGAGGGAAAAUGCUCAAAUUUAGCCUGAUUUUCGGGAUGUGUGCAGUCUGCUUUAGACUGAUGUUUGAAUCUCUGGAGGUCAUUGGCUUGUUGCAGUGUUGGAUCCACUCAAACUAGAUCAUAAUUAUAGAUUGACUAUGUCUUACAUUUGUUUACCAGGCCAGUCCUUGAAACGUCUGCUUUUCGAAACACACGAGUAUGUUUGAAAAAUGCAAAUGCAAUGUGUGUCUUUUCAGGAAGCAUUCAAGGAUAUGCUGGUAUGAGUAAGCAUAUAGAGCAAUAAAGAGGUUAAGGAUUAAAUUUAAAAAAAAAAAAAAAAAAAAUUUAAAACAGCUGCUCCAAACUGUGGUGGAGAUAUUUCAGAAGCAGUGUGAGGAGAUUAGGUCUUCUUCUCUGCUCUGCAAGGUGAAAUGGCACAAGAUCCCAUUAACUUGUGAUAAUUCAUAGCACUGUCAACUUGCUUCCAAUUCAUCUUAACGAGCAAGAGCGUCUUUUGGGUGGAAAGGGAUUAGCAUGGAGAUUGCCAUUAAAAAUUAGGAAGGAUCCAAAAGGCAUCAACAGCGCAUUAACUGAAUGUACAUUUGCAGCCUUUAUGAAAACAAUAUUCUGUUUGAAAACUCCAUUCAUCCCAUUUUCUUUUGACAUUUUUGGCUUUUUCAAUUUUAUAUAUUCAUAAAAUAAUAAUAUAUAUCUAUAUAUUUUAUAUAUACACAGUCUCUUUAAACAAGCAACAUGAUGAUUAAUAAAUGAAAGCAUCAUCAUAGCAUUGCUUACAGAUCUACAGUAUUCUAUAGCAUGAUGGUACAUAUUCCAUCUAUCUACAAUUUAAAAAAUGCCACUUUUAUUCAGGCCUCCUAUUAUGUUAAAUUGAAAGCUUUUAAAGUUUCAGGAUCUUUUAAGAUGUAUUUAUUUAAUAUGUACAAACAAAAAAAAUAAUACUUCUGUUGUCUUCAAUUUUGUCCUUUUUCCUUUUAUUAUGUAUUCAUAUUUCUUUGUUUAUAUUUUUAUUAUUUUUGAGUGUGCAAACUUAUACUGUAUAUUUUGUUAUUGUAUUUGUAUUAUAUUUUUGGUUUCUUUUCAUUCAUGUGUCUAUUUUUGGAUGAUUAAACAUGCAGUGGGUCACUUUGACCCAUGAACAUUACUGGUGCACAAAAGGGAAAAAAACAACAGGAGGGGUAAUGCAAUAUUUAUGGGCAUUAUAGAGUGUCUUAAUUCUUAAUGCUCACCCAACGCGUGCAAGGCCGCACACCAACACAUCCAUACGUACACAUCACAUCUACAACACCCACCAAUCACUUUAUUAGAUACCUGCCCAAUACACGAAAUUGAGUUUAUGAAAAAUGACAAACACACCUUGGUAUGAUGCAGUGCAAUUCGACACCAACAUUUUGAAAUGAACAAUGUUAAUUGUUGUAAUUCAGAUUUUUAUUUAUUUAUUUUUGUCUUUUCACAUUUGUCUCAAACUCAAGGCCUGUGGCUGGAUCCAGCCCUAAACAUCAGUUUAUGUUGCACCACGAAAGCUUGACACAUUUUUCUUCUUUGACUUCUAUUCAGAACUAGCCAUAAAAUGAUAACCAAACGCAGGGGAAAUUACACCAUGUAAUAUCAUGCUGCUAUUAUUAGACUUCCCACACAGAGCAUUAGGUGAGGGACAAGAAGUAUAACUUAAUACCACCACUAUCAUGUCGCAACUAUAAAAGCCAUCAAUACUGUCCGAAAACGCAAUACAACAUGCAACUGUGCCACAUACAUCAUCUGGAGCAGAUCGGAAUCAAUAAUUAUCUAAUAACAUGACAACAACAAAAUUACAUCAUACCAGACAUUCUGAUUAUUUAUUGUUUUAAUGUGGUAUGAUCGCUACAGAUGUGUUUUGCUAGUCAAAAUUGGCUGUAACAAGUUUUGCUCUGACCAAACAAUCUUGGACAGAAAAAAAUGAAGCAAAUAGAUUGUUGGGAAUAAAACAAUAUCAUUAAACAUACCGAUAACAAAUAUUACAAUUUAGGUUAUAUGCCUCAGAUAGGACACCAGAGAAGGCCUCGCUGACCCUGAUGCCUCACCACUUCUUAUCGCAUAAUAAAUAACUGUUCAAACUGUUACUGCUGCACUUGU